AUGAAACAAAAUUUAUUAUCUGUUAUGACAUGUAAUAUCCGUUUUGAUGUGCAAGAACAUGAUCCAAAUAAUCAUUUUACAAAACGAGUUUAUCGUUUAACAGAGACUAUUGAAAAAUGGCAACCAUCUAUUCUAAAACAAGAUUAUAUAUGGUUAUCAAAAACACCGGGUGUUAUUGAUAGUAAAGAUUGGGAUAGUUUAAGAGUACGAACAUUGAAUAUAGCAAGAUUGGAAUUAAUAAAUGAUGAUCAACAUGCAAAUAUUCUUGUUUUUAAUACUCAUUUGGACGUCACAAGUGAAGAAGCACGACGUGAACAAGCAAAUAUUGUUCGAACUACAAUUGAACAAUGGCAUAAUAAAUAUCCCAAGGCUGUUGUUCUUUUAUUUGAAGAUUUUUUUAAUUCGAUUCCGAAACAAACUUCAUAUAACACAUUAGCAUCUGGGUUUUUACAUGAUACUUGA